AUGACAACAACUCCUUUGGAUAAGAGCGAGCGCGAAUCCUCCCCCUCUCUCUCACUGUCUCUAUCCCCCGGCUCCACCACCACUGAAUCCACGGCUAGCGAAUUUUCAAUCACCGGAUCCACAACCGACGGCUCUAUAACCGACGGAUCCAUAACAGACGGAUCUAUAACCACCGAGUCUUCAACUACCGAAUCUACAAUCGCCGAAUCUACAACUACCAAAUCUAGAAACAGCGACUCCUCAGACAGCAGUUACAGCGAAUCCUCAGACAGCGGUUCCAGCGAUUCUACAACUAUGGGAUCCACACCGCAGCGUAAGGGCGUACAAUGGUACGAACUUCGCGAGGGAUGGACUUUGCAUCGCUUCGAGGAGAAAACGGAGUUCAAGUGCCAUCAGUGUAACAAGAUGAAGAAGGACGUGCUUGUAGCUAUGAAGCCCGAGAAUAACCAUGAUAACAUGUGUUGUAACGCGUGCUUCUGCAUGAAAAUAGGCACGGACUCAGAUCAGUGGAACCUGGUACCUGUUGAUGGAAUCGACCAUAUCUGGUAA